CGUGCUUUGGAGGUCUCACUCUCUUAACAUGGCCAACCUCAACCUCUCCAAAAUUCGCCUCCUCCGCCGUGAAGCCUCCUCUUCCUCCGCCGUCUUCUCCACCGGCACCAUCUGGUACAGCCCUCCGCCACCGGUCCACCCGCACGACCCGACCCUCUCUCUCCUAUCUGAAGCCAUAUCCGAUUCUCCCACCAAGCCCCUCCAUUCCAACUCUUCCCUCCGCAAACUCCUCCCUUCCCUCACUUCCGACCACAUCACGGACCUCAUCACUCGCAACCCUCACGACCUUCCUCCUCCCUCUCUCUUCUCCUUCUUCAACUUCGUCUCCGCGCAGCCCAACUUCCGCCUUGCCGUCGGAUCCUGCUGCGCCAUGGCUCACUUCCUCUGCUCUCACAAGAUGUUCGCUGAGGCCCAGUCCGUGAUCAAUCUCGUCGUCUCUCGAAAGGGAAAGGACUCGUCUUCUUCGCUCUUUCGCUUGCUUCUCGAAACUAGAAGUGCCCAUCAAUCUUCUUUCAUAUUUGAUACAUUGAUCAUCGCUUAUGCGGAUGCCAAUUACGUGCCUGAUGCGAUUCAGUGCUUUAGGCUGAUGAGGAAGCGUAAUUUCCCCGUCCCAUUUCGUGGUUGUGGGCAUUUGCUGAAUAGAAUGUUGAAAAAUAGCUUGCCGGAGGCGGCUUGGGGGUUUUAUAUAGAGAUUCUAAAUGCUGGUUUCCCUGCUAAUAUAUAUAGUUUUAACAUUUUAAUGAGCAGGUUUUGUAAAGCGGGUAAAGUUAAGUCUGCACGGUUAUUAUUCGAUGAAAUGCCAAAGCGGGGCUUGACCCCAAGAAUAGUUAGUUUCAAUACAUUGAUCAGUGGAUAUUGUAAGGUUGGCGAUUUAGAGGAGGGGUUUGGGUUAAAGAUAGUCAUGGAGAAGAGUGGAUUUCAGGCUGAUAUGUUCACUUACAGUACCUUGAUAAAUGGCUUGUGUAAGGAGAGCAGGAUAGAGGAUGCAAAUCUAUUGUUGAAGGAAAUGUCUGAAAGAGGUAUUGUUCCAAAUGAUGUUAUUUUCACUACCUUAAUUGACUGGCAGUGCAAGAAUGGGAGGAUCGAUAUGGCUACGGAUAUUUAUCAACAAAUGUUGAGCACUGGCGUAAGACCUGAUUUGGUUACAUAUAACACACUCAUCAAUGGCCAUUGUAGGGCCGGAGAUUUAAAAGAAGCAAGGAAGCUUGUGGAAGAAAUGAAAUCCAUAGGAUUAAAUCCUGACAAGAUCACAUACACUACACUCAUUGAUGGAAUAUGCAAAGAGGGAGACAUAGAAUCUGCUUUAGAUAUUAGGAAAGAAAUGGUUGAGAAGGGAAUUGAGCUUGAUAACGUUGCAUUUACAGCUUUAAUAUCAGGGCUUUGCAAGGCAGGACGCACUAUAGAUGCGGAAAGAGUACUGAGAGAGAUGUUAAAAGUGGGAAUUAGACCAGAUGACGCAACGUAUACUAUGAUCAUGGAUGGAUUUUGUAAGAAGGGGGAUACAAAGAUGGGCUUUAGAUUGCUUAAAGAGAUGCAAAGCGAUGGGCAUGUACCAGGUGUUGUGACGUACAAUGUGCUUAUGAAUGGACUAUGUAAACAAGGUCAGAUGAAAAAUGCCAAGAUGCUCUUAGAUGCAAUGAUGAAUUUGGGUGUGGUUCCAGAUGACAUUACCUACAACAUUUUGUUGGAUGGGCAUUGCAAGCAUGGAAACUCUGUAAACAUUGGAAAAAUAAGAGAUGAAAAAGGGCUUGUUCAAGAUUAUGCCUCGUAUACUUCAUUGGUUAACCAAUUGACUAAAGCUUCAAAAUCUCCUCGAAAUGGAUGACUGCAACUUCUCCAAAGUAUGUUCGAUCUCUUUGUUCGACGGGCAAAACAGAAUAGACAGGCAAACAAUUUGUUGUACCGAGCCCAGCUUUUUGUAAAGCUCUGGAUAAACACGAAGCUGGUUCAGCAAUGACAAUCGAAAUCAUGUGCCUAUUCUUGAUUGAAGAAAAUGGAAAACCUCUCAUUAUGUCAAUAAUGGACUUUGAUGUGCAGUGAGUUCCUGCUUGCCUGUUUUUUAAUAUCAUCAGAAUGUCAGCUGCUCCACAGAUCAAGGAUAUAAUUUUAUCUUUCCGCUGAAAUAGACCAGUUAAGUUAAAAAAUCGAAACACUUGGUCUAGUUUCUCAAAGCACAGAGUGGCUGGGAGGCAGUCUGCACUGCUGUUAUUGCCCCGAUGGUGCUGUAAUUUACCAGUGCAAGUUUGGUUAGAAGUGAAGGCAUCAUGUUGCUCCAUAUCACUUAAUCUGGGAGCAAUUCUUAUGGUCCACUUUAUUGCUGAUUCAUGUGCUGAAGUCUCCUACUCAUCAAAGUGUUUACGGAAACUUGACUCUUGUGCAUUUGAUGGACUGAUCAUCAUGAUCAAAUUCAGGCUUUAGAUGGAAGUUCUAACUACGGUGAUGGAUUUUGACAGCUUUUUGGCAGUUUCAUCUUGUAUCUUCUCUGUUCUAGUUCUUAAUCAUCAGCCUACAUAAACUGGUUUUCAUUCCAUUUGCCCCUCAAAGCAGCUUGGCAAUGUAAUACCAGGGAAUCAACUAUACCUGUUCAAGGAGUGGCUUGGUCAAUUGCCUGUAGAACCUGAAAAUUAACUAAGCAAAGGUAGUUCCCAAAUUUGUUGA